AUGGGGAAAAAGGAUAAACAGCGUAAGAAACUUCGUGAGUUUGCUAAAUUGAAGAACAAGCAGCAAAACUUGCGAAAGAGUGUUCAGAGUUUAAAAAAAGAAGUCCAGCGGAGGAGUGUGGCACCAGAAAGUUUAAAUAGGAUUGUUUUUGAAAAUCUCAAAAGAGAAGAAGCUAAUGAAAAGAGUCCAUUAUUACCAACUUCUAGUGAAAAUAGCCCAAUCUUACCAACUCCUAGUGGAAAUAGUCCAAUCUCACCAACUCCUAGUGAGCCAAGAGAGGGCAAUAGUCCAAAGACGUUUAAUAUAAACGUUAAUGACACACACUUUUUACCAAGAAUGCCUGAGAACAGUAAUUCUGUUCAAACCGAAAGUGAUGACAUCGAUGGAAAAUUGGCAGAGAAUGCUAAGCAAGAACGUCUUAAGUUCCUUUCACAGGAAGAGCCUGCUAGGGGAUCUCCUUUACAAAGGUCUAUGUCAGAUUUCAGUAACAGGUCAGCUUCUCCAUUGCAAAGUAUUACCAGCGAUAAUAUUCCGAUGAGCGUGCAUGAUCUUCCAGAGUCCUUAGCAAAUGCGUUAGAAGGAAAUGGAGACAUGACCGUGGCGCAAUUGGAUAGUUCUGUGCCAGGUAUUGAUGCUUUGCCAACCUCAGAUUUGAGCCCAGCCUCUGUCGCAUCAGCUCCCGAAGCACUAGUUGACAGACCUGAAAUGAGAGCAUAUGAUUACGGUUCUAUUCCAAGGGCCGCUAAAGACAUAGAAAAUGGGACAAAUUCUUCUUAUACUAGGGUUACGUCUUCUGAUAGAUUCGUACAUGAUCUCACUAGAAGAAGAAUAUUUUCAUCCUGCAUGUGUACUUAUUUAUUCUUUAUUGCAAUGGAUAGUGCUAUCCUAAUGUCAAUCGUUUCCACAAUUGCUUCUGAGUUCCAUGAAUUAUGGAGACUAUCAUUGAUCGUCUCCGUAUAUCUACUGAGUAAUGCUAUCGGGCAACUAGUGUUUUUGAAACUAUCUAUAGUAUCUAGCGUGAAAUUGCUGUUGUGCGUAGCUCAAAUCAGUUUUAUUCUCGGUAGCUACUUAUCUUGGAGCGCUUUCCACUUUUGGACGUUCAUCUUUGCCCGUUCUAUCACAGGAUUUGGCAGUGGUGCUUUGAUGGUGCUUAAGAGUACUAUCAUAAAUCGUUUUUCUGACAAGAAAGACCGGUACUCUUUGAGUGCAUCGGUGAUAGUUUUUUCUCUAGGUGUGGCCAUAGGGCCCUUCCUAGGAUACCUCUUUGAUACUUCCCAUGGCAGUGGAUGGAAGAAUGCCUUUUUGAUUCCUGUACCCUUUUGCCUUGUGAACGCUUCAAUCAUGUUAGCAGACAUAUAUUCUAUCAAGGAUAAUUUACACCAUGGAGGUUCCUCACCUCUUUCAUGGAAAAAACUCAAGAAGAUACUAUUGAGUCCUGAUUUAUACGAAAUCUUGGCUCUUGCGGUAUUGCUACUCUGGUUUGUUCAAGCAACUUCAUUGGAUAUCACAAGACUAGAGCAUAGUGCGGUAAUUCAAGGCGUUAUGUUUUUUGUAUUCAUCGCCUGUGGUAUAUUAUUUUGGUGGAUAGAGAGUAACGAAACUUACGUCAACUCUAUUAUUUCGAUGUCGUUGAGAGGUGACAAACACUUGAUGUGGACAAUGAUGGGAAUUUCGUCCUGCUUCGCGGCACUAAUGUGCAUUAUCCCAUUCGGUACAACAUAUUUUACCAUUGUUUUGAAUAUGAGCACAUUACAAAUUGCAGAAAGAUUACUCCCAGUAUUUUUUUCCAUUGUAGUGGGUUAUAUCAGUGUUUGUUAUUUUUGGAAGCCACAAACGCAAAACUACAUGCUGGAGGUUGUGUUGAGUGGAGUUACUUUGAUAUUAUAUAUAGCUCUUAUGGGAGCAAGUUUGAGUUUACCGGUAUGGAAGCAGUAUGCCUGUUUGUCUCUACCGUUACUAGGUUCCUGUAUGAUUUUAACCCGUCUUUCGAACCUCUACCACGAAUAUCAUCAGCCAAAAAAAUCACCUAUUAGUGGCUCCCUCGUAUAUUGUUUUAGUGCCAUGGGGGGGACAAUCGGAGUUUCCCUUGGUGGCUAUGUUUUCCACAAGACACUUUUGAAAACUGUACAUGACGAGGUGAUGAAGUUCAGCAAGCACGGUCACCUUGAAAAGGACCUUUUGAAAAUCAUCAAACACGCCACCCAAUCUUCAGAUUGGGUACACGAAUCAGCACCUAGAUUUAUUUUCGAAACUUUAAUUGAGUGUUAUUUACAAGCGUGUCGGAACGUGUUCAAGCUAUCUGCCAUGUUGUUUACAAUCACAGUCAUCACGAUAUUUUUCUUCAACAGAAUCAAUUGA